CUGCCGUUACCGUACGGCGUACUACGAUGAUAGGUGUUAUUGGUGUUUAGUGUAAAUGGUUGUUUUUUGUUUUCAUCCGCGCGACUUGUGGACCGUAUAGUAGCGCGCGCAGAGCAACGACGCCGGACCGCAUCCGCGUUCUCGUGCACGAACCGUCGCUGUAUAAUCGUAAGCUUCAAACUUGAAUUUGAACUUCGAAGUGUUUAUCUUUCUUCGUCGGAGUGUGCGUCCCGGAUCCGCCGAGCGUGUUUUUGCUCGAUAAUAACAAUAAUCCUCCGGUGGGUACGUUUUUACGUUGCACACUAUCGGUCCCGGACUAUCGGAUCCAAAUCACCGUGUUCUCGCCGCUAAGUCGAUCAUCUCGCGGUCUGCGUUUUAAUGAUCGUAUUUCCCGUUGCGUCAUCGCCAUCAUUCCCUUCAGCGUCCGCCUUCCAGACGCGUUCGUACCGUGUGUCUACGAUCUUGUGUACUUCUUCCCGAACGCCGCUGAAGCCGUUGUUUCACCAUGGACAACGUUUACAAGUGCCGAGUAUGCUUUCGCAUGUACCACGACAAGGAAGUUGUCAUCGAUUUAUCGUCGGAGGAGGCAAAGAAAGAACAAAUUGCCGCCAAAAUACUCAGUGCACUGUCAAUCAUAAUCACUGAUCAUGAUCCUAUAAAGCAUAUUUGUAGAAUAUGCUGUGGGCAAGUUGAAGUUAAUUUCAGAUUUGCAACUGCAUGUCGAAUAAAUAAUGCAAAGUAUAUCGAAACCUUAUCAAAUGCACCUUCAAAUGAUGUGAUCAAAACAGACUAUAACAAAUUUAUGAGCGUACCAGUUCAUGCUUUGUUUAACAAAUACCAGUAUAAUGUGAAAGGCUUAUUUGAUGCAGUAACAAGCUUUUUGAAUGAUCCUAAUGAAAACAUAAGUUCGACUAGACAUAUUGAAAAAUUUUACCAAUAUUUUGGUCUUCAUAACCCCAACAGUAUUACAAAUCAAUUUGAUAUUGAAAAUGAUACACCUAUUGGAAAUCCAGAAAGCUCUUCAGUACUUGAAGUAAAUAUGUCUAGUACAAAUGAGCCCAAUGUUGACACUGAUGAUGUUAUUAUUGACCGUAUUGAUAAUUCUGGUAUAGAUCUUAAUAACCGAUCUUUAAGACCUAUCAUCAACACAAAUAAUAUAAACCAUGCAACUAACUCUACCAUACCUAGAAACUUUCUAUUAAAUGCACAAAUUCCUGUUAUGAGUUCAAACAAUUUAAGCAAUACAAUCAAUACUAGUUCGGGUUUUUUUCGUAUUAUUCCUACUAUUGGAACAAAUAAUGUAAACGUCAUAAAUAAUAUAAAUCAAUCUAGAAUAAGCCGUCCUAUUAUUUGUAAAAAUAAUGUAAUCAAAUCAACUACAUUUUGCAUAUUAAGUAAAACUCAAUCACUUAUGAACGGACGGCAUGUUGAAACAAAUAAUGUACAAAAUCUUGGUUCUGCUACCCAUUUAAGUCAAUCUAAUGUGAAUAGUCCAUCCAUUGUCCAAAGUACAGUAAAUAAUCAUAGUGAUAGUGUUCAAUCAAAGAAAAAUGGACAAAUAGACGAUGUUGAAGUAAUUUGUUUGGAUGAUGAUGAUGAUGACGAUGACAAUAAUCCUAAUCAUAAUGACAAUAAUAAUAAUGGCAAUGGCAAUAAUUUCCAAGGUGUUGACAAUUUUAUAAAUCCUUUAAACCAGUGGGUAGUACCAUUACCAUCACUACCACUAAGCAGAAAUGUUAAUACCAAUAAUAAUGCUAAAACCAAUAUUCUUAAAUCAUAUCAACGUAAAAACAAAAAUAAUGCAAAACAAUUCAUUACACUUAAUAGAAAAGUAAUUUUCCUGAACAACCGUGGACCAUCCACAAAUAUCUCAAGUGAAGAAAUGACAGUUACUCCAGAUAUGCCACUUUCAACAUCUGAUGAGGGUUCUUUAUUUAACCAGGGAGAUGACAUGUAUUUUGAUGUAAACAAUGUGCCAACUGAAUCAUUACUAGUUGAACCAGAAACUGAACCAUUACUAGUUGAACCAGAAACUGAACCAUUACUAGUUGAACCAGAAACUGAACCAUCAAGAGUUUUACCAGAUACUGGAUUCCAUUUUUUAUUCUCAACUGAUGAAACAGUUGAUUUGACCACUAAAGAAGACAAUACACCAAAAAAAAAACCAAUCAUAAAACAAAAGAAAACUCCUAAGCCCAAAAAAGCUGCGGCUUCUAAGAAACAGACUCAGAAAACUUCCAUUGCUCAAAGUAAUCUAAAAACAAAAAGUCAACUAAUAAGAUCGUCUACAUCAUCAACUAUAGAAAAAAAACAGACUCGGAAAACUUCCAUUGCUCAACAAAAUCUAAAAGCAAAAGGUCAACUACUAAGAUCAUCGACUUUGCCAACUACAGAACAGUCGAACACGUCAUUAACAAAGCCUAGGCCCAAGAGAGCAUCUGCUAUUGACAGUGCUGCUGAGAAUAGAAAUUCUGGUUUAUGUAAAUUAGGAAAAUACAUAGAGACUAGAGAUUCCAGAUGGUCCUUAGCUGUUAUAAAUAAUAUUUCAUUACCAAUGUUUCAAUGUCCAAUUUGUGAUGUGUAUCUCUAUAGUCCAGAGUCACGCAAAAAACAUGAAGUUUUAAAGCAUUCCUCGCUGCUUGAGACUAUACAUGAACCUGUGGAUAUUGUUUCUACUCCAGGAAAUACUGAACCGUUAACUGAACAGUUAAUCCUUUUUAAUUAUUUGCAACUUUGCGUAACAUCAAAACAUAAAACAAAAGCAGUCCAUGAAUUGGCCAAAAGAACGAAUUUUUUGAAAGCGUUGAAGACUUUAGGACCAAACAUUAUUGACUCCUUUAAGUGUAAUUAUUGCCCAUAUACAACGGAUCUUAUAUUUGCUUUAUGGGCUCACUGUACCUCCAAACAUCUUUAUCUAAAAUGUGAUUCUGAAAAAAAAACAUGUUUAUAUUGCUUUUUGUGCAAUCGCAUGUUAACUAAACGUACAACAAUGCUCAAACAUUUAGACGCUUGUAUUAAUAAAAAACUAAAUGAACCACCAAUUACCAAUGACUCAAAAAAACGAUUAAUAUGUGAAAUUUGCAAUGAAGUCUUUGAUUCAUUGAUAGAACUUGAAAAACAUACUUGGGGACAUGCGAAAAAGAAAUAA